GCGUUCCAAUAGCUUGAAGAGUUAAGGAGCACUAUCAGAAAUCAUUAACGGGUGACAUAUUGCUAUUAUGGGGUCCCUGACUCCCAUUUCCAUAAGAAUCAAAAGAAUGCCUCAAGCAGUGUUGACAUUAUUCGCAGCACCUGGGCUAAGUUAUGAAGAAGGUGAUGUUGUUUCAAUAAACUCAGAAGGAUUCAAUGACAGAGACAAUAACAUAGACGAAGAUAUUCAUGUCAACGAACUGUGUGACAUAUGCCAUCUUACUCAGCCACCAAGUGAAACUGUUAAGGGAAGAACCUGGAUUAUUUUUCGCUGCAAUGCUGUGUUUCAUUCUUUUUGUGGUUGGGACGCACCACAGCAAUUCCUUGCAUUCCAUUGUCUAAUAUGUGGCACGGUUAAGGCAGUGUAAUGGAACACAUGAACGUACCGAAACUUGGUAUCACAGGCUAAAUGGUAUGUUCAUAUUUCAG